AUGCAUUUGCCACUUUUCAAGGCGUGUGGCAUCAUCGCUGCCACGUGCUUGCUAUCGCAACCAGCUGUCGGACAAGAAGAGAAAGAAGAUACCGGUGAUGACACCAGUCCAUUGAAGACACCACCAAUCCCACCUUCUAAAUCAAAAUAUGUUGCGCCUAAUACACCAAAGUACAAUUAUGCCGAAGUGUUGCACAAGAGCUACCUCUUUUAUCAUGCCCAAAAGUCGGGCAUUUUACCGUAUCAGCGCAUGGCCUGGCGCGGCGACUCAUGCAAGAUGUGCGUCGGUGACUUUAACGAGGACUUGUCGCGUGGAUGGUACGAGGCUGCCAACACUAUGAAGUGGGGUCUUCCUUUUGGAUGGACUGCUACGCAGCUUGCGUUCAAUAUUGUCGUUUUUGAAGACGCGAUGAAUUCCGUCGAUGAACUUGCGGAAGGACUUGAGCUGUUAAAAUGGGGUGGAGACUACUUGAUCAACUGCCACCAUAAUGACACUCACAUCGUUGGACAGCUUGGCACGUCAUCUCUCGGCCCCAUAUCAAAGUUGAUCGAACUUGACGUCGAUUUCAACUACUGGGGCCCGCCUGAAGAGUACGAGCAGUGGGUCCCGAGCGGCUUGCCCCACAAGGCCUACUAUAUCACGCCUGAUAACCCGUCGUCCGAAAUCGUGGGUGAAUACAGCGCUUCCAUGGCAGCGAUUUCUAUCGCCUGGCGCAAAUACAAUGCAACAUAUGCCGACGACUUGCUGGAUCGUGCCAAGCGCCUAUACAAGUUUGCAACCGAUUAUCCCGGAAGCUACGUCACAUCCAAGGGCAAUGCCUUUGAGUGGGCAACAUUCUGGUACCCAUCAACCCGCUACGAGGAUGAACUGGCCUGGAGUGCCGCAUGGAUCUAUGCAGCGACCAAGGAAGAAUUCUAUCUGGAAGAAGCCAAGAAAUGGUACGGAGUCAAUGAAGAUUCGUGGUAUGAAUACUCAUGGGACGAAAAGGGCGCCGGCCUUCACGUACUGCUGUACUCGUUGACCAAGGAUGGCCAGUUUUACAAGAACGCCAUGAUGUACUUCAACCAGUUCCUGCCCAGCGCUGAGCAGAUUGUCCAGUUUACGCCUCGUGGAUUGGCCUAUAUUGAACACUGGGGUUCCGUCGGCUAUUCCGGUAACGUGGCAUUCUUGAUGUUGGCAUUUGCCAAGGCGAUCGGCUAUGAGACCAUGGAAGCCAAAUCAAUGACAUCAUUUGCUGUCCAGCAAAUCAACUAUGCACUUGGUGAUUAUGGUUACAGUUGGGUUGUCGGCUUUGGCGAUAAUUACCCGAGCAAGCCAUAUCACAAAUCGUCGUACAAUUCGUUUAUUGAUUAUCCGAUGCGUGGUCGACAGCAGGACGAAGUCGAAGGCGACUUUAGUGCCAGCAAAACAGAACAGCGCUUUAUCCUGUAUGGUGCAGUUGAAGGCGGCCCUAACGUGGACGAUACCUACCAUGAUGACCGUUCCAACUAUGAAUACUCUGAAGUGACACAGGAUUACAAUGCUGCUUGGACAGGUGCUAUCGCCGGUCUAAUUGAUUACUAUGGUUCUGAGAAAUUCGAGCCUUAUACGGACUGUGGACUGGAUUUGGGUUGGACUCAUCCAAACGCAAGUGCUCCACCCCAAUGGCCGGAAGAUGACUGCUACCAUACUUGCAACAAAGGUUGUCCGCGCGGUCAGCUCAAGUCAUCCUACUCUUGGCGCCUGCUGACUGAGCCCGAGAAUCUGGACAGCCACCUAGAGAUAUUGUAUCCUGGCAACGGUGUGAUGCGCGCAGCAGCUGUGGAUAAUCGGAAAGAAACAGAUCCAAGUUCGUUUGAUGCCAGUGCUGCUGCUAAUGACGGCAGCAGCAACGGCCACUUGCAGGUCGUGCAUCAAGCUGGAGAUGCUCAUCGUGACACUGCAGAUUCAGCUGCUAAUGAUAGUUACAACACUUCCUCAGCAACAGAAUCGUCAUAUCUUCGUUCACUUUACGCUUUGGGUGUUUUGGCAGUACUUUCGGCGUUAGUGCUAGCGUAG